AUGAGGUUCGGAACAUACAGGGCGACUUAUCGAGUUGCCACGCAGCACUUCGGUGCUACGGCUGCGUAUCGCCGUCUAUAUCACACGCCUGUCCAGCUGGCUGCUGUGCUGCCAUUCGCCCUUACUAAGACAAAUCCUGUCACGAUGCGGACGGAGGCGUCGGGGGCUGUAGGAACUUCUCUGGUGUCAAGCCUUUUCUCUACCUCCUUGAAUAACUCGUCUGUAAUUUCUCCAGCUGGGGAUUUGUCCUCUCUUGGUAAGUCAGCACAAGCGGCCUGCAGCGAAGGUGUGACGUCUAGAGUAAGGGGAGCUCGCUUGAGUGCGUGCAGUUGCUUGUAG